UGUGCGAAAAAACAAAUAAAUCGUAAAAUUAAAUUUUAUUUAUUUUUUAACAUGUGCUUGAAACGGUUUCAAAUAAAUUGAGAAAAAAUAAAAAAAAAAUUAAAAAUAGUGAAAAAUUCUGUAACAAUAAAAAAAAUCAAUAAAACAAUUUUUUUGUGAUAAAAUUAAAUUAAAGCAAAAUAAAAUAACGUUCACAAAGAAAAAAAUAAUAAUAUUUAUCUUCGUUGGUGAUGGAAUAUUAUUACAACAGCAUCGACGAGAAAAACGACGACGACAACACUAAUGGCGCUCAAGAAAGGUUGGUUACGAGUUAUGAUGAAAAAAUUACUGCUAUAAUGCAGCAGAGAUUUUUCUAAUGAAAGAUUGUGAAAAAAAAAUAAGUUGUGCAACUCAAGCUUUAAAAUAAAAGAGAAGAAAAGGUGCAACAAAAAAGUGUUAUUUGAUGCAUUGAAAAAAUUUCUCGGUUUGUACAAAAGCAAAAAAAAAUUGAAUUAAAGAAAAAAAGGAAAGAAAACAAAAAUGUAGAAAAAUUUUCUUAUAGCUUUGCAUACUGCUCAUUACACAUAAAAUCGAAUAAAAGAGUGUUUACCAAGCAAAUGGAAUAAAAUACAAGAAAAAAAAAGGAAUUUCACUCGGAGAAAAAAAAUAAAAUAGAAUUACUGUAAAUUAUCGUUGCCAUUAAAAAAAUAAAGAAAAGAAAAUAAUCCGACUACAUUGUAAAAUUAAAGAUCAAGUCAGUGAGAUAAGCAAAAAAAAAUCCAAAUAAAUGAAAGAAAUGUUAAAAAGUUGCGGAUGUUUUCGGCGAAAGCGUCGAAGUCCGAGCAUCGAGGAUUCGUCGUCAUGCCGAUCGUCGGAGCUGGAACGCGGAGGCGAAAUAACGCCGCGCGGCGGAAGUUUGUUGAAACUUUUUUCGCCACGCGGGAUCUACAAAGGAUGGCGAAAGGGAGGACGAGGCAUGAGCAUGACGAAAAUUGAACGAACAAUGAAAGCUGCCAUUCUGAUACAACAGUGGUAUCGUACAUACUUAGCUAGGAUAGAAGUUAGACGACGUUACACAUGGACCAUAUUUCAAAAUAUCGAAUAUGCGGGCGAGCAGGAUCAAGUUCGGCUCUACAACUUCUUCAAUGCCCUUUUAACGCAUAUGCCGGAAGCCGCCAACAAAAAUGUCGAUUCAUUAGGAACUUCGAGGUCAUCUUCAGUAGAUGCAUUAGAUUUAAAAUUCUCAGAUGAGUCGGAUGACAUGGCGGAAGAGGGCAUGGAAGGACCUGAACGUACAUACAGGGGACCACACAUCAACUUUCCAAUGCAGAGAAAAGAUUUAGACAUUAUCAUAGAUUUAUUUAGGAAGAAAAAGUAUCAUUUACAUGCCAAAUACGUCGCUGGAAUAUUGCGUGAAGCUGCAUCCAAAUUGAAAAGACUUCCAAAUUUGAAUCAAGCAUCGACAGCAAUUUCGAAGCAAGUGACAAUUUGCGGUGACCUACAUGGAAAAUUAGAUGAUUUGUUGGUAGUUUUUCACAAGAACGGAUUACCGUCCCCCGAGAACCCAUACGUAUUUAAUGGCGAUUUCGUGGAUCGCGGCAAAAAGGGAUUAGAAGUGUUGCUGUUACUCGUAUCGUGCAUGCUCGUGUUUCCCGGAGGUGUUUUCCUGAAUCGCGGUAAUCACGAAGACACGGUAAUGAAUGCCCGUUACGGGUUCAUACGAGAAGUACACCAAAAAUAUAAGCAUAAUGCCGAGCGAUUACUGAAGUUAAUAGAUGAAGUUUAUCGAUGGUUGCCAUUGGGAACGAUAGUUAAUAAUGGUGUGCUUGUUGUGCACGGCGGGAUUUCCGACUCAACUGACUUGGAUUUGAUUCGGAGUUUGGAUCGCGGAAAGUACGUGUCGUUAUUACGCCCCCCAAUUACGGAUAGCAGUCAACCCGGUGCUGAGAUAAUUGAUAAGGUUGAAUGGAAACAGGUAUUUGACAUUUUAUGGAGCGAUCCGCAACCCAACGAUGGCUGUCGCCCGAAUUCCCUCCGAGGAGCCGGAACAUAUUUCGGACCUGAUGUCUCGAAUCGCUUCCUGCAACGCAACAAACUUCAAUUUUUGGUUAGAUCGCACGAAUGUAAGCCGGAUGGGUAUGAGUGUAUUCAUUCAGACAAAGUCAUAACGAUAUUCUCCGCAUCAAAUUAUUACGAAAUCGGUUCUAAUAAAGGUGCCUACUUGAAGUUAGAUCCACACCUCAACACGCAUUUCGUGCAAUACACGGCAGCUGCCUCCAAAACGCGUAAAUUGACCUUUAGGCAGCGCGUUGGGCUCGUCGAGAGUUCAGCUUUACGCGAAUUAGGUGCCAAAUUAUACGAUAAACGAUCCGAGUUGGAGAAGGAAUUCAAGUUACGAGAUCCCGACAACAAAGGCGUUUUACCAUUAGCGAAAUGGUGCGAGGCAUUAGAAGCUGCCACACAUCUGGGACUGCCAUGGCGAAUGUUGCGCGAACGAUUGUCGCCGCCCGAAUUGGAUAAACCACCGACCGAAGUAGAUUACGUAAAGACACUCGUUCUCCUCGACACGGAUGCCAUCAGAGAAGCACAAGCCGGCUCUACAUCUGUCGCUGAAUCGCUUUACAAGAACAAAAGUAGCUUAGAAACCAUUUUCAAGAUACUCGACAAAGACAAUUCCGGUUACAUCUCUCUCGACGAGUUCGAUGAGGCAUGCAAUCUGCUACGGCAACAUUUCCCGUACGAAACGCACGAGCAACUCAUGGAUAUGUGUCGCAUGAUGGACAUCAACAAAGACGGUCUCGUCGAUCUAAAUGAAUUUCUCGAGGCAUUCCGUUUGUGCGAAUCAACGAAAGAGAGUUUAAGCAGCUCAGCGUUGGCAAAAGAACCGCCAAAAGUUGAUCCGGGCGCCAAAAAGAACGGAAAACUCACAAAAGUCGAGUCAAAUGGCGACGCAAAAGCGGAAAAUCACAUUCCAAAUGGAAACAGCAAGAAAAGUUGCCCGAAAAGUACGAGUCGUGCUUCAAUCGCACAACCUGAGGAGUCAGAUGACGAAGACGAUAACGGCGAAGAUGCCGAAGUCACGGAAAAAGAUGUUCCUAACAAGACCAAUCAAAAUGCUAAUGCUACAACAAAUGGCGAAGCAAACGGAAAAAUCGAGGAAAAUGACAAAAAUCACUCGAAAGACGUUUGCGCUUAAGUUUCAAGUCCAUAUAAAUUGCCAAAAAAAUAAAAAAAAACGCUUCUCAAAAAAUUAAAUUAUUGACUGAAAACUGUUCACUUUUUAAAU